AUGUCCUCUACAAAGCCCUUCCACUGCAUUGUGGACGACACCGCCCUCACGGCCAACAUUACCGAGAUCGAGACUUGGGUAGCGCGCGGCGCCAUCACUCUUGUCAUCCCUCUCUACACCCUCGAGCGUCUGCAUGUCUUGAAGAAAGACGCCUCCCAGAUUGGCCAGAAUGCUCGCAAGGCUGUCAAAUUCCUCGACAAGAUGACCUCGGGCAAGAGCGACCUGCCCAAUGAACCUGUCAUCAUUCAGGGCCCCGACGAGCAAUAUGCGACUUGGCAAGAGGUCGAGGCUCACUACAAAGAAGAUCUGACGGAGUCGCGUUCUCGUAAGACUGCCGAAGAAAAAGAUACCGAGAAGCAGUCGGUCACAGAUACUGCGACUAAGCGAUCCUCUGGAGGCGCCCUGUCGCAGAUGCUUCUCGACAAGCUCAACUUUACUGGUUCUGUGCAGGCCGCUUCGCCAGCCUCGACGCCUCCGAUCUCACCAUCUUCUUCCGAGCCACAGAGCUCCAAGACUAGCCCCGAGGUCCGUGCUGCUACCAUGGCCUCUGCCGACAGGAGCCCAGUUCCUCCUAUCCUGAAGGUCUUACUCAACCCUGUGGUCUGGUACGUGCAUGAGAAACAACACGGCAACUCCGAGGUUUUCUUCCUCACCAACUCCGCAGAUACACAGCACUUGGCCCGUGACUUCAAAGUCCCGACCAAGACAAUCCAUCAGAUGCGGAGUGCCAUCGGUAUGGAAGCUGUCUCUCCAGAACAGACCAAAGCAAGUAAAAAGCAGCGCAGCUCUUCAAACUUGACCGAAGUCGAAGUUGAGCCCAAGACCCUUUUCAGCUAUGAAGACGAAAGCGAGGAAGAAGAAGUUGUCUUUAAACCCAGAGGCCGAGGUGCUACGCGCGCCACCGCCAACGGGCGUGCCAGCAUGCGCAAUAAACACCAGCCUCGCUCCCCUCGUCCAUCUUUUAGCAACAACGCGGCGCAGACCCCAACGAGUGCUACGAAACCCAAGAUUCCGAUCGAGGAAAUAGACCCUGAUUCUUUUGAUCGUGGUGGUUUCGGUCGUGGUGGUGGUCAGCUUGCAAAUGUGUCCAACAAUGUCGGAAACCACGUGGGCCAGUUUGGCCCGAAUCGAGCCCCGAAUGGCCCUCGAGGUGGGUUCGCUCCCACUGGUCCUUCUCGCGGUGGACACUAUCGUGGUCGAGGUGGCAUGGAGCGUGGAGGUUCUACCCGAGGCCGUGGCCGACUCUUCGUUCCUUAG